AUGAGCUACGAGACUGACACAUAUGACCAGCGCGACUCUGGCCGCGAUCGCUCGCCCCGUCGUCGAUCCCGCUCACCUCGUCGUUCACGACGUUCAUACUCUCCUCGCAGUCGAUCUCGCAGUCGCGACGACUAUCGCCGAAGUGACCGCCGCUCGCGCUCGCCUGCAGGUGGUGCUCAAGGCACGGGUGGAUACCAAUCAUACGGAGCUGGUCGAGGAGGCAGUUCGCGCCCAAUUGAUAGUUCAUCGAACAAGGAGAGCAUGAUGCAGAGCAUUCGCGAAUCGUCCCAGCAGGACCGAAGAGUCUACGUGGGCAAUCUUUCAUAUGAUGUGAAAUGGCAUCACCUGAAGGACUUCAUGAGACAAGCCGGUGAAGUCUUGUUCGCAGACGUACUACUUCUUCCGAACGGAAUGUCAAAGGGCUGUGGCAUCGUGGAAUAUGCAACUCGGGAGCAGGCGCAGAACGCCGUGGCGACGCUCAGUAACCAGAACCUGAUGGGUCGGCUCGUAUACGUUCGCGAGGAUCGCGAGGCCGAGCCUCGAUUCACCAACCCAAGUGCCUCUCGUGGCGGCUUCGACGGCGGAAUGGGACGCGGAGGAGGAUAUGGCGGUGGUGGUGGCGCGGGCGGAGGCGGUUAUGGUGGCCCCCCCGGCGGAGGCAGGCAGGUCUAUGUCGCCAACCUCCCCUACAAUGUUGGCUGGCAAGAUCUUAAGGAUCUGUUCAGGCAGGCUGCCCAUACUGGAUCCGUCCUGCGUGCUGACGUGCACAUGGCCCCGGAUGGUCGACCGAAGGGAUCCGGAAUCGUGGCUUUUGAGACGCCAGACGAUGCCCGCAAUGCCAUUCAACAGUUCAACGGUUAUGAUUGGCAGGGUCGCAAUCUUGAGGUUCGCGAGGAUCGUUUUGCAGGCGCUCCCGGCGGAUUUGGAGGCCGCGGUGGCUUCGGCGGUGGCGGUUUCGGUGGCCGCGGUGGAUUUGGCCGUGGAGGAUUCGGAGGUGGACGAGGCGGCUAUGGUGGAGGUGGAUUUGGCGGUCGCGGCGGUUAUGGAGGAGGCCCUGGUGGCUUUGGCGGAGCCCCGAAUGCAGGCUUUGAUGCCAACGCUCCUUCGAACCCACCAAACCCAUUUACUGACUUCGCGACUUCGGGCGGCGAGCCAAGCCAACUCAUCUAUGUCCGCAACUUGCCAUGGUCCACUAGCAACGAGGAUUUGAUCGAGCUCUUCACCACAAUCGGCAAGGUAGAACGUGCUGAGAUCCAGUACGAGCCCAAUGGACGCUCUCGAGGAACCGGUGUAGUCGAGUUCGAGCAGAAGGCUGAUGCCGAAACCGCCAUUGCGAAAUUCACUGGCUACCAAUAUGGAGGCAGACCACUCGGCCUGACAUAUGUCCGAUACUCCAACCAGAGCAACGGUGGUGAACAGAUGGAAGGGACCGAGGCCACGGCAGGUUUGACACAGGACCAGAUCAUGUAA